GUUUCCUGUUAACUGCCGGCCCGGGGACGCGGAGAGGAUGCACGGCCUGGAGGUGCCCAGAGGCCCGAAGCCUCCGGCUGGGCCGGACGUGCUGGGCCAGGCCGCCCGGCUCGCCUCCUCGGGGCUUCUGCUGCAGGUCUUGUUUCGUUUGAUUACCUUCGGUUUGAAUGCAUUUACACUUCGGUUUCUUUCAAAAGAGAUCAUUGGAAUAGUAAAUGUGAGGUUAACAUUGCUUUACUCAACUGUCACCUUCUUAGCAAGAGAGGCAUUCCGCAGGGCAUGCCUGAGUGGGAGUGCAAACCGAAAUUGGAGCCAAACAAUCAACCUCUUAUGGCUAACAGUCCCCUUGGGUUUGUUUUGGUCCUUGUUCCUGGGUUGGGUCUGGUCUCAGAUCCUCGAAGUGCCUGAUCCUAAUGUAGUACCCAGUUACGGAGUUGGAGUGGCAGCAUUUGGUCUCUCUGCAGUGGUUGAACUCUUAGGAGAACCUUUGUGGGUCUUAGCACAAACACAUAUGUUGGUCAGGCUUAAGGUGGUUGCUGAAAGUUUGUCAAUAAUCCUCAGAUGUAUUUUGACAGCUGUUUUAGUCGUGUGGUUGCCUCACUGGGGACUUUACAUCUUUUCUUUGGCCCAGCUUUUGUAUACUACUGUUUUGGUAUUCUGCUACGCCAUUCAUUUCAUGAAGUUAACAAAUUCCCAAGAAUCAACCAAGAAGUCUCUUCCAAUCUCUAGAAUGACAGAUCUCUUACCUCACAUCACAUCAAAUGGGACUUUUGUUAAUUGGAAAGAGGCUAAAUUGACAUGGAGUUUCUUCCAACAAUCCUUCUUGAAACAGAUUUUGACAGAAGGUGAGAGGUAUGUGAUGACAUUUUUGAAUGUGUUAAAUUUUGGAGACCAAGGUAUUUACGACAUAGUGAAUAACCUAGGCUCACUUGUGGCCAGAUUGGUUUUCCAACCAAUAGAAGAGAGUUUUUACAUAUUCUUUGCUAAGGUUCUGGAGAGGGGAAAGAGUGUCAAGCUUCAAAAGCAGGAGGAUAUUGCCAUGGCAGCAACAGUUUUAGAGUCCCUGCUGAAGCGUCUUCUCAUUGGUCUGACAAUAACUGUUUUUGGCUAUUCCUAUUCUCAGUUGGCUUUGGAUAUUUACGGAGGGUCCAUGCUUAGUACUGGGUCGGGUCCUGUUCUCCUUCGAUGCUAUUGUUUAUAUGUCCUCUUGCUUGCUGUAAAUGGCAUAACUGAGUGUUUCACAUUUGCCUCUAUGAGCAAAGAGGAAGUUGACAGGUACAACUUUAUCAUGCUGGCUCUGUCCUUCACAUUCUUGUUGUCCUCCUAUUUCCUGACCAAGUGGCAAGGCAGCGUGGGCUUCAUCUUUGCCAAUUGUUUUAACAUGGGAAUUCGAAUUGCACAAAGCAUACGCUACAUCUGUAGGUACUACAGAGAGAGUCCUUACCGGCCGCUGGCAGGUCUGCUUCCUUCACCGUUUCUAAUUGUGGUCUUUGUGCUCAGUGGAGUGGUUACUAGUAUUUCAGAGGUGUUUCUGUGCUGUGAGAGAGGUUGGCUGGCCAGGCUUCUGCACAUUAUUGUGGGGGCUUUGUGUUUGGGAGCCACCCUUGUGACUGUGUUCUUCACAGAGACCAAACUGAUAUUCUUUAUACGGACUCAGUUCCUACCCAAAUAUACCCAGAAAAAAACAUGAACAUAUAGGAGGACCAGUUCCUAUAUUUAGUUCUGCAGGCCUAUCAAAGGUUUGUGGUACAGAGACUCAUUUCCUGUUCAAAGGAAGAAAUGUCAUUGAGUAAGAAUCCACUGAGGUUCUGGUAUUAACAAAACCAUGUUUAUAAGAAACUAGAAAAUGGGAACUCAUUGGGAAAUAAUAGACAAAGUAUUUGGUUUAUGUUUUCCAGUCUACUUAGAGUUUUAAAUGUUAAUGAAGGAUAUAAUUUUUAAGCAGAGAUCAGAAUAAUAAUAGCAUUUUCAAUUGUCUUUUCAUCAUUUUGUACCAAUUUGCCUUUUUUUUGUUGAUGCUGAGCAUCAUGGGUCAGCUCUGUUCUUGGGUUAGGCUGCAAAUUUAUUAUAUUUAUUAUAGUAACUAAAGGUAGAAAUAAGUGGGCCAACAACUGGGUUGGUCAUGUGGCAAGGGCAAAAUCUUUCAGGAAUAAAAUGUCAGAAUGGUAUUUGUUACAACAAAGGAGAGAAAGCAAGGAUUAGUAGGUAAGAGCACAGGUUUGGUUUUGGUUUGAUCUAGCUUAAUAGCCAAGUGUAUAAUCUCUAAUUUCUCUAGAGUUGAGUAAACUUAGGGCUCUCCAAAAUAGAUUUGAUCAUUUCAUUGUUCUUAAGAACAUUGAAUUCAGGGGCAGGUAGGUGGUGCAGUGGAUAGAGCACUGGCUCUGAAGUCAGAAGGACCCGAGUUCAAAUCCAGGCCAAA